UUUAUUUCUCUUUCUCAACAUGCCUGCAGCGAUGCACCUCACUGUGCUAGGGUAUCUGUUUGCAGUGGCUGUUUGUAAAGGUGCAGUCAGCCAGGUAACGGAGAUAAGCACACGUGCUGCAAACCAACCCAGUUUGGCUGAGACAAAUAAUGGCACAACCACCAACAAUGCACAACAGCCUCCAACAGCAACACACCACAUUACCACUGCAGUCACUUCAGAAAAGGAGUCAUCAUCCCCACCGCCCUCGACUUCACCACAAACACCCAACAGGACAGAGGAAAUACAUUUCAGUGCCACUCCUCAGACCAACCAGACCUCCAAGAACACAGUUUCCAGCGGAUCGACACUCUCAUCAGCAUCAAAGUCACCAAACGUCACAGCAACCACCACUGUAAACACAACCAGCCCAGAUCUUCUACAGAAGUGGAAAAUAGAUUACUUGGGUCCACAUCGCGGCCCCGUGGCCAUCAUUUGCAUCUUCUGUAUCAUGUUUGCCCUCGUGCUGGUGGUUGUCACCGUGAAAUGUAUCCGAUCAUCGAGGAAUAACUUUGAGAGGCUGGAAGAAGUGCCGAUGAACAAAGUGAACGAGGAGUCUCCAUUCGCCAAGUACUCAAAAUGACAAGAAACUUCAUCCGAUGCUGAAAUCCAGGAGGAGUCUGGUCUGUUCCGAUGAUUUUGGAUAGAAAACACUUGUCCACACAAGAAAAAAAAAUGUUCAAGAUUUUUCUCUUAGGCUCUUAUUACUAUACAAUGCACUUUUGUCAAUGACAGUGGAGUAUUUCGGCCUCAUCUUUGACCUUUGACCUUCUUGGUUUUAAUUCUGGUGAUUAAAGCCGUUGCAAUACUUCUUCGUCCAUCAUUUCUUUUGAAAAGAAAAUCAGCCUAAAUGAUAAAAACUUAAAUGGAAUGUUUCCCAAAUUGGAGCUGGAAAUCUUCGUAAGCACUUUUAAUUCAUAAUUGCACUCUUACUUGUAACAACUGACUUCAUGCUAUUACAGUUUCUGACUUUUAAGUGUCCAUAAGGAUUUAGGGAUUUGUAUCAUGAACAGUGCACAGGAAAAUGUAUUUCCAGUGUUGUUCCAGUAUUUGAAAUGAAUGUUAUCUGCAUGUAGAAAUGCCUUUCGGGGCAAUUAAUGUAUACCGUACAGAUGUAUUAGUGUACAUUGCAACUACAGAUACAUUUAGGCCUAUAUAUAGAAACAUACUAUUCAUACAUACAUAUUAUUCCUGCCUUUAACCAACAAUAAAACUUGUCUGCAAAAACACAACAAAUUGUUGCCUUUUCCCACUUUUUUCAAAGUCAAAUUAAUUUUAAUUCUGUGCGUAAACCUUUUCACAUACAAGGUUGACACAUGAAAUGCUCUACUAAAUCUUGUGUGUGUGGCAAAGCUGCUCUCAUUUAUUGAUUGUAAUUCUGUUUACAUACAUCUCUCAAUCCUGACUCUAUCGAGAAUAAACUACUUGAACAACUUUUGUACUAUUUCGCCAAAGUACAUAUGCUGCAUAUUUAUGCUCGGGGAUUGCAGUAAUU